AUGCAUACCCUCCUCGUCUUAUCAACCCUCUCCCUCGCUGCAGCUACAUCCACCACUACCAACGGCGACUUGGGUUAUUUGCAAUGUGCUUCCUCCAUCGCAGAAACCUACCCCCGCAGCGCAGAAUGCACCUCCCCUUCAGCACUAGACUGCUUCUGCAACGCCCCAUUUGAUCCGUCCUCACUGGAUCGUGAUACUUUGGAGAGUUGUGCCAGUGAAGGUGUUUCACUACAUAACAUCCCCGACUACGUAUGCAGCGACACCGACGUCCCCAUCGACGCUCGAAAGGGAAGUAGUCCUAUGAUGCGGGUUGAUACAACCAGCUCCAACUCGGGCUCGGAUAGCAAUGGAAAUGGCAUUGGCAAUGGUAAUGGAAACGGCAACGGCAAUGGCAACGGCAAUGGCAAUGGCAACAUAUCCUCAUCCAAACACUCCAUCAACCAGAACCAGAACGACAAGAAGGCCUCGAAGCGCGCAUACGCACCACCCUCCCCUGACCCUAACACCGAACCAUCCCCCGACUCACCCACAACAGACACCGACACAACCACCACCACCACUCAAGACCAAGACUCAUCAUCAGAUGACGAAGACCGCAUCGAAGCAACCACCAAAACCAAGACGGAGACUAAAACCGAAGAAGCGCGACAAGACGCACCCGCCACCAUAACCGAGCACCACGGCGUGCACAUGACGGACGCAACCAACCCGAAUGUAGUAUACAAGUUCUACACGGAGACAGUGACAGACUGUGCGUGUGAGCAUCCAACUGCUACUGGCGAUGCGCAUGCAUCGGAGUUGAGGAUGGAGAGUGCGACUGCUACCGGCACCUCAGCGAGGUUGUUUGGGACGCAGGCGGCAGAGACAUCUGGUGCGGUGGUGUCGUCGUCGUCGGUGGUGAUGUCGAUGCCUAGUGGGGUUGAUGCGAGUCGGAUUGGAGGGACUAAUGGUAGUGAUGGUACUGGGGCGUUGUUUGAGGGGAGUGCGAGUAGUUUGAGGAGUGGAGGGAUUGGGGGAGUGUUGAUGGCGGUUGGGAUGGGGGUUGUGGGGGUUGUGGUUUUGGUUCUUUGA